AUGAGUGCUAAGCUAUUUUUUUGGAAUGUCCGUGGCAUUAAUGAGCCGGACAAGCACAGGCCUUUUGUUUCUUGGCUUCAAUGCCAUAAGCCUUUAUUCGGAGCUAUUCUCGAAACUCAUGUUAAAGAACCUUAUUUGAAACCCCUUUUAGCCCAUCUUUGCCCUGGCUGGUCCUUCUGUUCUAACCACUCUGCUGAUCCUGACGGGCGUAUCAUCAUCAUUUGGAGAGAUACAGUCAGAGUCAGUGUUGUCUCUCAAUCUCGACAAUGCAUCACUUGUUUGCUGACUAUCCCUAACUCCCCACCGUUCUACUAUUCUGCGGUUUAUGCUUCUAAUCUUGGUGAAGAGAGAGCAGAUUUAUGGGUGGAGCUGAUAAACCUGGAGGCAACUCUAAAUCUGGAUGCUCACUGCUGGUUUGUGGGGGGAGACUUUAACCAAAUUCUACACCCCAAUGAGCAUUCUGGACAUGAUGGAUCUGGUCCCGAUACUCAAAUGUACCAAUUCCAAGAUUGCCUUCUUCAAGCUGGGAUCUUUGAUCUUAGAUACCUGGGGCCUAGUCAUACUUGGUCAAACAAGCAGCCGUCUGAUCCUAUAGCCAAGAAGCUUGAUCGGUUACUUGUCAAUAGCCCCUCCAUUUCUGCUUUUCCUAACGCCACAGCUACCUUCCUUCCUCCCCUUAUCUCUGACCAUGCACCCUGUAUCCUUGACUUAGCCUAUACCUUGCCCAUUGCUGGUACCAAACCCUUUAAAUUUCCCAACUAUCUCACAAAGCACCCCAACUUCGUCCAGCUAAUGCAAUGUGCCUGGAUUCAAGCCGGAACCGAAUUUUGUUGCAAAGUGUGCAGGAUAAAUUGGCUUAGAGAAGGGGAUCUCAAUACUACUUACUUUAUGCGGAUCUGUCAAGUCAGGGCUAGCUAUAACGCUAUUCGAGCUUUCAUGACUCCCUCAGGCAUCUGGAUAACAGACCCAAUAGAGAUGAGUAUUCAUGCUGUGUCGCACUUUGGUUCUGUCCUUUCUCCGUCCUCUCUCCCUUGCUCAAGAGUUUACUCGCCACCAGACUGGUUUUUGGACUUGACUGGAUUUCGCGUUUCUGCAGAAACUGCUCAGCUUAUGCUCUCUGUGCCAACACAAUCCGAGAUUCAGGCAAUGUUUUUCAGGCUUAAUCCUAAUAAGGCUCCAGGGCCAGAUGGUCUAACCUCAGGGUUCUUCAAGGGAGCAUGGUCAGUUGUUGGUGAGGAAACUACUGCGUCUAUAUUGCACUUCUUUGCCUCAGGUUUUCUUCCCUCAACGGCCAAUGCCACCAUCUUGUCUAUGGUACCUAAGUUUCCAGGGGCAACAAAAGUAUCAGACUUCAGGCCGAUCUCCUGUCUCAAUACCAUUUAUAAAGUAAUCUCUAGACUUUUGGUAAAGCGCCUAAAGCCUAUGCUACCUAGCUUAAUUCUUCCUAGUCAAACGGCGUUUGUAAAGGACAGGCUGCUUCUUGAGAACACAAAUCUUGCGAGUGAACUUAUUAAUGGCUACCAUCGAAACAAAGGGAAGAAGAAAAUUACCAUCAAAGUUGACAUUGCAAAGGCCUUUGAUACACUGUCGUGGGAUUUCCUGUUUGCUUGUCUGACGGGUAUGGACCUUCCACCGCUAUUCAUCUCCUGGCUUCGUGCCUGUAUCUGUACGCCAAGUUUCAUGGUUGGUUAUAACGGAAUGGUAAAUGGUUAUUUCAAGGGUAAGAGAGGCUUGAGGCAAGGUGAUCCGCUGUCACCUUAUUUGUUUGUUAUAGCAAUGAAUUGUCUAUCUUUUAUGCUAAAUAAGGCGGUAGUAGCAAACAAGCUCAAGUUUCAUGCAAAAUGUGAGAAAGCAAAGUUGACGCACCUUUCAUUCGCGGAUGACCUCCUGAUCUUCAUCGACGGUUCGAUUGAGUCUGUCCAAAACGUUCUCAUGAUCCUCCGUGAAUUUGAGAACAGGUCAGGCCUCGCUGUGAGUCUCCAAAAGACAUCCUUCUUUGCCUCAGGAAUGGACCAGGAAGAAAUUGAUACGAUUCAAGCCUCAACAGGAAUGUCUCACGGUUCACUUCCUUUCCGCUACCUUGGAGUCCCUCUCAACUCGAGGAAGCUCUCUCUGGCCAACUGUGGGGUAUUACUGCAGCAAAUCAAAACUAAGUUCAACUCUUGGUCGGUAAAAUCUCUCUCUUUCUCGGGUCGCUUACUUUUAAUAAAAACGGUGAUCUCCGGCAUUACUACAUUCUGGUGCUCUUCUUUCAUUCUGCCAAACGCCUGCAUCAACAAAAUCAACUCAAUGUGUAGUACUUUCUUGUGGAAGGGGGAUAUUGAGUCUAGGAAUUCGGCCAGAGUGGCUUGGGACAAAGUUACGCUUACCCAAGAACAGGGAGGACUGGGUGUUAAGGAUCUCUACAUAUGGAACCGUUCUUGUUGCAUGAGACUAAUCUGGAUGCUAUUCUUCCGGCCUGACUCGGUGUGGGUUUCCUGGUUCAAAGAAGUCAUACUCAAAGGCUCAGAGCACAACUACUGGACAACCAAACCAAGCAACUCUUUCUCUUGGUUGGCAAAUAAAUUAUUAAAGAUGAAAAAUGUUGUGUAUCCACUUAUCUGUCUUCGAUUGCAGAAUGGAGAAUCGGCUAGGUUCUGGUUUGAUAAUUGGUCCCCGUUUGGGUGCCUCUAUGACUACUUGCAAGGUGCUACAUCUCGACUAGGGAUCCCACUCCACGCCACGGUCUCGUCUCUCCUCAGGAACGGGGUCUGGCUCCUCCCUCCAGCACGCUCCGACAACCAGCUACAGCUUCUCUCCUUCCUGACAACAGUUAAUCUUAAUGAUGAUGCGGACUACUUUGAAUGGGAAAUACAAGGGAACACAACUAACCGAUUCUCUACGGCUGAUGUUUAUCACUAUCUAUGUGGAAGUAAAGCGACAGUGCAGUGGGCAUCGGCGAUUUGGGCGAAGAAAGGCAUCCCAAGGCAUGACUUCCAUGGAUGGCUCGUAGUCCUUGAUCGUCUACCUACUCGGGAUCGGAUGUUGGGAUGGGGGCUGCAAGUAAGUCCUCUCUGCCUGCUCUGCAACUCCUCUGCUGAAUCACGAUCUCAUCUCUACAUGGAUUGCAACUUUAGUUAUGACCUUUGGUGCCUUGCUGCUUCUCGAUGCAACAUCCAACCGUAUCGCUCUUGGACAGCUCUACUUGACCAGAUGAUGUCUCUAACUUCUUCUCGAUCAUCGAACCUCCUCACGCUACUUGUGUGGAAAUCGGUGAUGUAUUGGGUCUGGCAUGAAAGAAACCAGAGACUGCAUGUAGGAGCUUUUAGGAACACAGACUCUCUGUUUAAAACUAUAGACCACCAAAUCAGGAAUCGCAUUCAGAGCUUUAGAGAGACAAGUCCCAGGAUGGCUUCCCUGAUGAUGCAACAAUGGAUUGGCUGA